UACCUAACUGUCCUCUUCUCCAUCAGCCAAUCUCUCCAAUUACUGUAAAGAUAAUGUUGAUUCAUCAACAAAUCAGAGCAAGGGCACGGCGAUGGUGAAUUCGUACAUACCUCUUCGUUUCACCAUUUUCAUCUCCUUCUCCAUCGCAGCAGCUUCUUCCUUCAAACUCAACUCCGCUUCUUAUUCUUCUCCGUCGUCGUUGCCAAAAGCCACCGCCGGCGAUCUUCUCUCCGUUCUCGGACCAUCCUAUGACUCGUCGUCCCUUAACCCAGCCGUAUCUCGAGAAAUUAAAUCGUGUCUUAGAUUCCUCGUUCCUUUUAAACCGGAUAAAUCUAUACCCGAGUUUGGAAGGUGUUCGCUUCGUACUGGACUUUGUUCAGGUAAAAUUGAGAAGCGGAGUAAGUUUGAAGAGGAGAAUUCUCUUAUCUGGUGGCCACCGGAGCCGAUUCUGGAGCUUGCUCGUCUCGCUGUUGAUUCCGGUGGUGAUCCCGGUUCAAUUCAGCGAACUCUCGAUCCCACAAUGAUCCCGGUUCCUGAUGUUGAACGAUCAAGAAAAGAUAAAUGUGAGCUCACAAGAACUCCUUAUGGUCGUCAUUUUAUAGCAGAGGAAGUGAAUUCAUAUUUUGAGUUCUUGUUUCAUCUAAUUGAAUCUAGGGGACCUAGUGUUGGAUUGAAUGUGUCAUUGACUCGAUAUGAUUUGUUCCAUGGUCACUUGUUUCUUGCCUCAGAAUCUGGACGCCUUGGAAUACUGUUUCAUGCUAAAGAGUAUCCAGCUUAUGACAAGAAAGUGUUUCCUUACAACAUGGGAUAUUGCCAGAGAGGAUCUGAUGUGACAUACGAUGAUUCAAUGAACUUGAGGAAUAUCCUCUGGCUUGCACCAUUACCCAGCAACUCCAGUCCAGGUUGGCUUGCACCAGGUGUACUUGUUGUACUUGACGCCCACCCAGAUGGAAUCAUAUACCGGGAUCUCAUCCCUGAGUAUGUUCAGUUUGUAAGAACACUAUACGAAGAUGAUUUUGGACCAACGGCGGUUGAUGUCAAUUACUUGAAUGUCGGAACUCAGGAACCUGACUAUCAACUUUUCAUGUGCUGAAGCCAGUUGUCUGAUUGAGACUUUGAUUAAUAAGAUAAGUUACUGGAGAUGGUUAAGGUUCAAGUACGUUGCUAAUUAGACAGGUGUGAAGUAUUGUGCGGGUUGCAAAUAGCUUUAACAAUGUAUUAGGUAAUUGUAUCAAAGUGACGUUGGUGAUGUACACUAAUUACAUCAACAAACAUAUUAAACAUUAGGUAUUUUCUUCACA